AUGUCUGCCGACUUGUUUGCUGAAUUCAACAAUCUGUCUAGCCUACCGCCCCCGCAGAAACAACAACAACAACAGCAGCAGCAGCAGCAGCAGCAGCAAUGGCAGCAGCAACAGGAGCAGCAGAAGCGAAAGCAGAAACAGGAGUACGACCCAUGGGGGGAUUCCUACUCGCCCAUUGAUUCGCCUCAGAAAGGCAGCUUCAGUACCGGCUGGCCGUCAUUUAGCGACUCCCAAACGCAGCCUAUUGUCGAUGACGACGACGACGGAUGGGGCGAUUUUGAGGUAGCGGAGCCGGUGGCGGCUCCCGGUCCACCGGCACCGCGGCCGCAGCAGCAGCCGGUUCCGUUGGCAGCGCUGUCAAAUGCUGGGUCAAGCCAACAGGCUGCGCAGAGGGCCAUGCCGCCAAACAGGAUGGUGCGCGCUUCCACGUUGGACAUCAUGAGCAACAGUCUGGUGGACAUCGGGGGUUUUGGGGGUAACAGCGCGGCGAUGGCAACCUCAGCCUACGAGCAGGAGAAGAACAUGAGAUACCCCCCCGCCCAGUCCAAGUCCCACUCGAGACUGAAGGAGCCGAGCAACCCCAAUGUCAUCUUUGACGUCGACGACUUCGAGCUUGAGGGCGGUGAAGGCGACGAAGGCGAGGGGGACGAUGACUUUGGAGACUUCGAGACUGGUGAGCCUGUGCAGCCGCAGCAGCAAACGCCGGCCGUACAGAAGAAGCUGCAGCCGGCACCGCCGCCGCCUCCAUCCGUGGACCUGCUCUCUUUGGACGAUGUGACAGUGAGCGAGACGCCCAAGGGAUCCUCGCAGCUUUCAUCGACGGCUGGCAAGCCUCGAAGCUUCGGCGCAACAGCAUCCACAGCCAGGGCCAAAGCCCAAAACCCGCCAAAGCAGGAACUCUCUGUCAACAGGAAAACUGUGCCGGCAAAGAGUCCCAUAAUGGAGGAGGACGAAUGGUCGGCUUGGGAUGACUUCGAGCCAGGACCGACGGCAGCGGGAAAGUCUGGAUACAAGGCCGAGGAGCUGAGAUCAGCCGAGGAUAGUUGGGCGUGGGAAGCCGCGGACAGUUCCACGACUACGGCCACGGCCUCGCAACCGGACGGGUUGCGCGACGACGAGCCGCCGCCCGUCAACGUCCCGCCACCGUCGGUAUUGCUGUCGGCCUUCCCGGCCCUCCUGGGAAGCGGUAGCCCGCUCUUCAAGCCCAUGGCAGGCCGGAACACGUCCAUCAAGCAGCGCAUCAUCUCGGAGCCCAAAACGGUCGAGUUCCUCCGCGCGUACCUGGUCAUGGCGACGACGGCAGCGCGUGUGAUUGCGGGCCGCAAGCACCGGUGGCACCGGGACAAGAUCCUGGCCAAGAGCAUGUCCAUCUCGGCGGCGGGGAGCAAGGGGAUGAAGUUGGCGGGUGUGGAUAAGACGCAGUCGGUGCGCGAGGACAGGGAGGCGGCCGACGUGGUGGCCGUGUGGCGCGAGCGCGUCGGUCCCGUGCGGUCGGCCGUCGCCGCGGCCAAGUCAUCCGGCAGAGGGGGCGAUGGGCCGGCGCUCACGGUGCCCGAGAUGGGAGAAAACAUGGCGGUUCACACGGCGAAACUCGUGCCUACGGCACCUAAGCCCUGCGUCAUAUGCGGUCUCAAGCGAGACGAGAGGGUGGCCAAGGUCGACGUCGAUGUCGAGGAUAGCUUUGGCGAGUGGUGGGUUGAUCACUGGGGUCAUAGGGCCUGCAAGAACUUUUGGAUACAGCAUGAGCGGACGCUACGGCAGAGGUGA